AUGCACCCAGACUCUCAGCUCAAAGACGCGGUCACUAAGGGAUUCGACCCCAAACUCUUGUAUGAUCCUAACCUGGAUCAUGUUGAUGAACCAGUUCGAUCUAUUCUUGAGGUAUAUAGUAAUAUCCCCGCGGACAAGAUCUUAGAGCACGUUCGUCAACUGAGAGAUCGAGCAUUCGCCAUCUUCCCUUAUGCCUGCGUCGGAAAGUUUUCCUUUCUCCACCUGAGCAUCGCAUCUUCGCCCGUCUACCCCGAGAUUCUCCGCCGGGUGAAAGCGGGAGACAAGUUGUUGGACCUAGGGUGUGCUUUUGGGCAGGAACUUCGCCGCUUGAUAUAUGACGGCGCACCAUGUUCAAACCUUUAUGGGACUGACCUCCGCCCUGAAUUCCUUGAGCUUGGCUGUGACUUGUUCCUUGACCAUGAUAAGAUGAACGAACAACUUAUCGCCGCCGACAUCCUGGACGAAAACUCUGAUCUAGUGGGGCGGCUAAUGGGGCAGCUUGACAUAGUGUACAUCUCCCUGUUCCUUCACGUAUUCGACUGGGAGAAGCAGGUUGAGGUGGCUAAGCGAGUGCUUGACUUGCUUGCUGCGAAGCCAAAUUCCCUCAUCGUUUGCCGCGUCAUGGCAUGUCGGGACCAGAGCCUGGUCAAUUCCAACCUGGCUCGCAUGCCAUACUACUAUCACGAUUUAUCCAGCUGGAAAAGUCUGUGGGAGAGGGUUCAGAGUGACACAGGCCUCCAACUUGAUAUGCAAAGUUGGGAGCAGCCGGAUGAGUUGGCAGCAAAGCAUCCCGUCGAGGGAGUCUAUGUUCUUGGGUCCUCUAUUAGAAAGGUUUAA